AUGGCGCCUAUCAAAAUAGGCCUCGUCGGCCUCUCUGCCAACGGCUCGUGGGCCUCUCGCGCUCACCUGGGCUACCUUGGCAAAACGGACAGAUACACCAUCACGGCGCUCCAGAACAGCAGCGAAGCAUCGGCCAAGAAAGCAGUCGAGAAGUACGACCUCCCGCCCUCGGUGUCGACGUACGGGGACAUCGACUCGCUCGCCGCCGACAAGGACGUGGAUCUAGUCGCCAUCUCGGUCAAAGUGCCGGACCACUACGGGCUGGCCAAGGCGGCUCUCGAGGCCAACAAGUCGGUCUUCGUCGAGUGGCCGCUCGCGGCGUCCCUGGGGCAGGCGGAAGAACUCACGGCGCUCGCACGCUUACGAGGAGGGUCUGGCGUCCGCACGCUCGUCGGCCUGCAGGCCCGACAGGACCCGUCGAUCGUCAAGGCGCGCGAGAUGGUCGCGUCGGGCGCGCUGGGCGACAUCCUGGGGACGACGAUGCUGGGCUCGGGCAUGAGAUUCGGCGCCCAGAUGUCGGCGGCUUUUGCGUAUUCUCUCCCGAUCGAAAACGGCGCGAACCUCGUGACCAUCCCGGCGAGCCACGCCCUCGACGCGCUGUGUUUCGUGCUGGGCGAGUUCGCGUCCCUGAGCGCCACGCUCGCCAACCACCGUCCGACCGUGUCCCUCGUCGACGGCGACGGCAAGGUCGUCGUCGACUCCCUCCCCAAGACCGCCCACGACUACCUUGCCGUCACGGGCGUCUUGGCAGGCCACCACUCUGCUAACGCCGUCGCAAACGUCGUCUACCAGGCCAGCACGAGCGCGACGGGCAAGAACUUCUACUGGGAGAUCAACGGGACAAAGGGCUCUCUCGUCCUCGAGGCCGCCGGGGGCCAUCCGCAGAUCUGGCACCCUUCGUUGAAAUUCGUCGAGGCCGCCGCCGCCACCGACCCAGGGGCGCUCCAGGACGUCCCUGGGGUCCCCGUGCCGGACGGACCGUCGUACAAUGUAGGUGUGGCGUGGGAUGCCUUCGCCGGCCACGGGCCAGGGAGUGUCGUUACCUUCGAAGAUGCCCUCGUCAGGCAUAAGAUGAUUGAUGCGAUCUACAAAAGUAACGAGUCGGGUAAGAGGGAGAGUUACUUGUGA